AUGAGACCUGGGCCUGAACGAAAUCGUAAUGUAAGAUCUACAUCCUCCUCAAAAAAAGAAUUUUCAAUGUUUUAUAGUAAUGGAGAUAACUUCGAACACACUUUUUCACAGCAAGUCAUAAUUAUGAGGCGCGAACGAAUGAUAAGGCGCGUUUUAACUUUUAUUAUCAUGGCUAUGACAUCUGGUUUCAUGAUGUAUAUUUGGCUAACGCCGGUAGACUCGCCAUCUUCCUCCCAUCCUUCUGUUGUUAAUUCUUACAAUAAUCCCUACACACACUCACAACAAAAAGAUCAACUAUAUUCAAAUACAAACAAUGAUAAUCAUCGCUAUCAACAAACUCGAGAUUCCGCCACCACUGCUUCGUGGCCUUUAAAAAAUAACGACUUAUCUUCAAAUAAAGAAAUACAUCUAUAUCGUAUAUUGGGUAAUGAUUUACCACCAAGACAUAAGUCUGGCCAAGUUAUACAAAAUGUCGGUUUCAUAUUAGCAAAUGAACCAACUUUUCCAAACACAAAAAAAUGGUGGGUCCUCAAUCGUAUAGUUGAUCAGAAUUACGAAGCGGCGUUGAUAGAACUAUUAACAAAAUAUGAUCAGGAUUAUUUGAUAAUUCCAUUUAAAACAGAUGAAUAUUUAAAAAAAGAUUUCAAACUUGAAGAUUUUCCUGAACCUGAUUUUUUUCAUAGUUUUGAAUAUUUGAAUUUUAGUAGAGUUGCAAAAUUGAGAACUAUCGAUUACACAUAUCAUGAUAAAAAUCUUUAUGCUAUGAAUAAUAAUGGUGGCAGAAAUUUUGCAUUAGCUCAUGGUAAAGCACAAUUAAAUAGUAAAUGGAUACUACCACUUGACGGGAAUUGUUUUCUGACAGUAAAUGCUUUCAACGAGAUAGUGAAUAAUUUAAAUGAAUAUGGUCAACAGUACAAAUAUUUCAUUGUGCCAAUGGCAAGACUAACAGAUAAUAAUAAAAUACUGGUGAAUCCUGAUGUAAAACCUGAGACUCCAGAGGAACCUCAAAUCAUUUUUAGACAUGAUAGUAAGGAAAAAUAUAACGAAAAUAUGAGAUAUGGUAGAAGAUCAAAGCUUGAAAUGUUAUGGAGAUUAGGUGUCCCUUCUCCAAGAAAAUUGCUUAAUAAACCGACAGUACCUUGGGAAUCAAAUGAUGCAGCAUAUUUAAAAAUAGCAAAAAACAAAUAUAAACCCAUAGGUUGGGUAUUCAGAUUAUUCUCAGGACAAGCAUCACAAGAAUUAAAUAAACGAGAAGCGGGUGCCCUAAGAGCUUUUAAUCGUUUGUUAGCAAUACAAGAUUUCUUGGAUGGGAUAGAUGAACGAAUUGCUAGAUCGGCACAAGGUUACAAUCCUGAUAAUUUAUUUUUAUACAACGAGAAACUACUAUACAAUAAAAGAUUAGAUUAUUGGACCGGUGAUCAAGAAAUAAAUCAGGUGGUGAAUAUUUUGAUAGAGAAAGCUGACGAUGUAAUGGAAAAUGUAAAAAACUUCUAUCAAUCAAGUGAUAAAAGUAUUCUAAGUGACCUGAGUACUCAAGUUAAAUUUCUACCAUUAUUAAAUGAUGAAAUUAGUAAGAUGAGUGUUGACGAGGAAGAAAUUGAUAAAGAUAAUAAAUUGCUUCAAGCAGAAGAUAAAGAAUACCAAGAAGCUGUCAAUAAAUAUUUGAAAACCAUAUAUCAAGAAGAUUCUCAAUCUCAACGAGAAAAUCAACAAGUGCAAAAAAAUUCUAAUGAACAGAAUAAAAGUCAAUCGUCAUCAGAUCCAUUAUUAAGUCAACAAAAACAACAAGAAGUUCGCUCGGGAACAAAAAAAGAUCCAUUACUAAGAUUUGACAGAGAUCAAUUUGGUCAGCUUGUAUCACCUACACCUGUUACACUACCAGAAAUCAAUGGCCAAGAGCUAUUUGAAAAUAUAACAAUAUUAUCAUUUGCACAUUAUUUUUCAAGUAAUGUUGAUUAUUCAAGAUGGGCUGCAAAUUUAAUUAGAACUUAUAUAUUAUCUUCGUACGCUGUUGGUGAACAAGACGAGAUACAUAUAUCAGCUUAUAAUCAAGAUCUUGAAACAAUAAUUGAUGAAGGUUACAGCUUCCCACAUCUAAACAAGAUUCCUAGGAAUGUGCCAAAAUUCAUAACCAAGCCUAAUACUUAUAAAAAUGGUUUUGAUGGAUUACUGCUAUCCUCGAUAACCUCCAAAAAAUCAAAUCCACAAUUUCCUUUUGACCUAUUUACAACAGACCCUAGUUAUUUUUUAGACGCAGUUAGGUUGUUAUACAAAGCUAAAGCAUUGACACAUCAUGAAUUUCUAAUGGUUAAAAAGUUUGCAGCUGAUUGGUUGGAAUAUUUGAUUAAUAGUUCUAAGGGCAUAUCAAUCUCCAAGUUGGCAGAUCAUCGAGGCAUAUUAUAUGAUAUACAGGUGAUAACGUUAUCAGGAUUUGUAGAUGAUAUAAGGUUGUAUUUACGAAUGAUAAACCGUAUCAGGAUGAGAAUAGGCAAACAUUUUUACAUAGCAAAUGACGCAUCUAUAAAUUCAGAAAUCAUACAGCCAUAUGAAAUAAUGUACGUGAAGAGGUUGAUAGAACGGGGGGAGAUCAGCGCGAAGGAUUUCGAGAAAAAUGUUUUCAAGUACAAAACCAUCAAUCUACAAUAUUGGAUGAUGCUAACAAGGAUCAUACAGAAUGUAGGAGUUGGUAAUGAUUUAUGGCAAUAUUCUGCUAAGGAUGGACAACGAUUAUCUAGGGUUUUGAAGGGGCAUUUAAAUAAACAUUAUCGUCAUACUAAACCAAAAAAUAAUUAUAACAAUAAUAUUGAAUGGACAGUUAAUAAAUUUAUUCAUCAUAUCCGUGAUCACAUUCAUAGUAUUAAUAAUAGUAGUGAUGGACAAGAAUAUUAUAAUGAAUUAUUAAAAAGAUUUGGUGAUAGUAAAGAAGAAAAAGAAAUUAUAUUAAGACCAUUGAUCCAUAUCGCUCAAUUAGCACAUGAAAUAAGUGAUAUAAAUCGUGGUAAUUGGCAUGAAUAUGGUGACGAACAUGAUUAUUUCAAACAUUCAUUAACAACUUUUGGCACUAAAACGAAUCUACUUAACAAUAGUUCGAUUAAUAAUAUUAAUAACAACAAAUCUUCAAGCACGGGUGCUUGUGUAUCUAUUAGUAAUGAUAACAAUGAUGAUGAUUAUGAUUGUAAAGAUUAUUUAACAAGGAUGGUUACGAAACAAUAUGAACAAUUAUCAUUAGAUAUAAAAUUAGGGAUAGGGAAAGAAUCAAGAGAACGUGCUAUACCACCUUUUUGGAUGUUUGGAGAUUAUAAAGAAUUGACAAGUGUAGCCUUAAAAAAUUUUGAAAUAUGCAUUAAUGCAGCAUUUAUUGAAAAGAUGUGGCCAUGA